AAGCAUCCCGAAUUCCCAAUCCCAAACCCUAAAUCGCUCCGAUCUCUCACCUUUCUCGGCCGCGAAAAGCUCAGCCGCUGCGAUGGGACGCGUACGGACCAAGACGGUGAAGAAGUCCUCACGGCAAGUGAUCGAGAGGUACUACGCGAAGAUGACGCUGGAUUUCCACACGAACAAGAAGAUUCUGGAGGAGGUCGCAAUCAUCCCGUCGAAGCGCCUCCGCAACAAGAUCGCCGGAUUCUCCACCCACCUGAUGAAGCGCAUCCAGAAAGGACCUGUCCGCGGCAUCUCUCUGAAGCUCCAGGAGGAGGAGCGCGAGCGGCGCAUGGAUUUCGUCCCCGACGAGUCCGCGAUUAAGACCGACCGCAUCGAGGUCGACCAGGAGACCGUCGAUCUGCUCGAGUCGCUCGGGAUGAAGGAUCUGCCCGGCGUUGUCCUCAGAGAGGACGAUGGAGCCAUUGGAGGCGCGGCGCAAGUGAGCUACGGCCGUGGAGGCGGCGCCAGGAGAUACUGAACUCAAAAAGGUGUGUAGAGGUUUUCGUAGGGUUAAAUGUUUUUCGUCGUUUGGAUUUUGUUUUGAAUUGAGGUGUUGUUACUUUUUGAGAUCAAACCUUUCUACUCACUUGUUACUUCCUGGAUUGAAUAUCAUCAAAUUUAUUUUAUAA